AUUUAUCCCUUGGUAUCAAAGGUAGAAAAGAAAAAUUGAUCUAUAUCAUAGCAGUUAGCUAACAUCGUGGUCCAUUACAUCACGGACUUCAGUGCCAGUGAUCAUGCGAAACCGUACUCCUUUGGAAACGCAAGAGCGUACGGCAAGUUUAUCGCUUUGAAAUGGCAUGAUUUUAGAAAAAUUUAGAAGUUUUUUCAUCUCGUGAUCUGAAAAAUUUAGGCCCGUACAAUAACUUCACUUUUCAUUUGCUCAAGUUCUUUGUGUUGACGUCGAGAUGGGCAAGAAAAAUUCCAAGCUCAGACCCGAAGCGAUACAGAAGCUCUGCGACGAAACUUAUUUCACGGACAAAGAGAUAAAACAGUGGCACAAAGGAUUCCUCAAAGACUGCCCGAAUGGUCUGCUAACGGAAGAGGGCUUCAUCAAGAUCUACCAGCAGUUCUUCCCUCAGGGCGACCCCACAAAAUUUGCAUCGCUGGUAUUCAGAGUUUUUGAUGAGAAUAAUGAUGGCUCCAUAGAAUUUGAAGAAUUCAUUAGGGCGUUGAGCAUCACAUCGCGGGGGAAUGUCGAUGAAAAAUUGCUCUGGGCAUUUCGUCUGUACGAUGUUGACAACGACGGCUACAUUACGAGAGAAGAGAUGUACAGCAUUGUGGAGGCGAUAUAUCAAAUGGUGGGCCAGACGCCGGCGGACGAAGACGAGAACACACCGCAGAAGCGGGUUGACAAAAUUUUCUCCCAGAUGGACAAGAACCACGACGAGAAGCUCACACUCGAAGAAUUCAAAGAAGGCUCCAAGAACGAUCCACGCAUCAUCCAGGCCCUCAGUUUGGGAGACAACUGAACGUCUCUGGGACCAGCCAUCAUGGUGAACCUCUUCAUCCACUGCAAUGUUGAACACCUAAAGAUCUACAUCAAGAUCUUCAGUCACACAUGGAACGUCGACAAGUUUGUUGAAUUUCUCAGUUGUCCUGGAGAAUAUGGAAGCAAAAUCAAAGCUUCUUCUCAAAGCCUUAUUCGAUUUGUUAGUUAAGCAAGAUAUUUGGCUUCAGUCUCCGGCCACUUGUAUCAGUCUCACCACCGCAUCAGCCUCAUGCAUCGACAAAUUUGUAUCGAGGAAAUAAUUUUAUUCGUUAGGUAGCAUGGAUAGUAGAAUUGACCAUCAUUUCAUGGAGGAAACAAUAUCGGCUGCAUGAUGCUAAGCUGCAACAUCUACUACGAAAAAUCAAAAUGGAAUUUAAAGAACCCUAGGGUAAAAUGUGCGUAAAGUUAGCCGCUCGUUCAUAUGUAAAUCCCAAUAAUUCUAUUUAAUUCUCUAAAUUUUAGAAUUUGUUAUCAUGAGCUCCUAUUCGCCUUUUAUGAAACCUUAUCAAAUCACACUGUGUGCACACUUAAAUUCCUUAAUAAAUUUAAAUAAUUGCUUUUUAGCAUUUAAUAAACUCACAAAGUUCGUCCUUCCACAAAUUACUUAAAUUGAUUAAUUCUAAUUACUUCACAUGCAUUGCUCCAUACUAAUACUCCGGAUUUCACACCAAAGCAUCCCAAAAAUUCAUGUCCUUUUCGUGAAUAUAACUGAGUUACCCAUAAGUUAUCAUCUCUAGUCGAGGAGAUAAGGCGUCCAAGGUUUCAGUCGAGUAAGCAGUUAUUCAAGCCUCAUCUGAACUCUGAUGCAUAGAGGAUUCGUUCAUUGCAGAAUCUGCCAUUAAUUAUGCUGCAAAUUCACUUGAGGACUAUGAGGCAUUUUUCGUCGAAAAUCUGACGCUUCGUAUGCAUGAAGUAAUCAUUCCAUCGCCAAACGCUUGUUAAAUAGGCCUUAAUGUGUCGCGAAAUUUUUCUUUUCAGAGCUCCAUUGAAUUUCAUGCUAAUUUCAAUUCAAUUGCAAUUCACGAGUUGAAAUCCAAUUCACGGAUUGUAAUUCAAUUCACGAAUUGAAAUUCAAUUUACGAGUUGAAGAUAAAUUAACGAGUUGAAAAUUUUUACGUAUCUUGCAAAUUUUUAGAACCUUAUUGUUGAAAGCAAACGAUUUCUUAUUUGUGUAUCGCGAGUCUUUCGGUAUUUAUUGUUCAUUCUGUUAAAAUAGUUCCUAAAAAUACGGAUCUAGUGAAAGUUAUUUCUUUUAAAAUGUGUGAAUUAAAAAAAGUUCACCAGGGUGCGAAGAUACGAUCGAUGCUGCAAAUAUUUUUUGGCUUAUGCCAAUAAAUUCUGUGUUGUGACGAACUCCCUGUCACGAACCAUUUCCUUCUUAAUGUACCCAUCACUUUGUGUGCGAUUCUACUACUUGGUUAUCCUGAUCUCAUCAAAAUGUUUCAUGAUUUAUUCAAAUUUCGAAAUUUUAAUUGGAAACAUUUAUUAAAUUGAUGAAACCAAAGUCAUUUGAGUAGGUUGACUUUGUGAUAAGAAUUUAUGUACAUGUGAAUUUGCAUUUCCAUAUUUUGUUGCUCAAGUCUGCAAUAUGCAUAAGUAGUACACCAUUAAGAACCUAUUAUUAAGUCUUCUACCAAAGAUAUAAUUAUGAGCCAGUUUGCAUUACUGUACAUUCGCUGAGUCAUGUUCUGCUAGCCAGGCUUUACCAUCGAGAAGCUUAUAGUGCACGUAGCGAUUAACUCACAAACUCUUCAUGAUUAUGUGGCCACAAGAAAAUAACUUAAAUCUAAACUUGGGCCUCAAAUUCAAACUUUGAUUUGCCUGUAUUGAUAAAUCAGUCAUGCAAGAAAUGGUCAAUAGUACUGAUCUUACACUAGUGCACACUGAUCCUACACUAGUGCGCACUGAUCCUACACUAGUGCGCACUGAUCCUACACUUGUGCGCACUGAUCCUACAUGCACUAGUGCGCACUGAUCCUACACUAGUGCGCACUGAUUCUACUCUAGUGUACACUAAUCAUGAUCUCUUGAUGUACAAGUAACCACAUUAUUGUUAACUGAGAGUUAACCUAAGAAAUUCAGUUUAGUUUUCCUGGCUGUUGCUUGUCGCCAUUUCCAAGCCCUCUGCUAGUGCCGUAUCAGAUGGUAUCUUCAUUUCUUUCAAUCAUUGCAUUUAUCAGUUUAAUGGAUAAUAUCCACGGCCUGGCGAGGGUUCUCUAUUUUUCAACCGUCUUGAACUUGGCUUGUCAAGGUUCUUGCAACACUUUUUAGUCACUAGGCUAAUUCAUGGAAAUUAAAUUGUUGUUUUUAUUAAUUUAUGAUUACGGAUUAUUUUAGUUCCAGUACUUGUUAAUUUGUAAUGUGCGCUUAAUUCAAUAUGGUUGUGUUGACAGUAAAAGAUUAGAAAUUUACUAGUUUUAUAUUGUUAAUAAUUUGUAUUAGCUUCCAUUGACUCAUCUUAAUCACUGGGUUGAGAAUGUUUGCGGAAUUUUCAUAUAUCUUCUCAAUGUGAAGAGAAAUCAGGCAUCAGUUCGUAAUUAUGCUACUGAAUCACCUAACUUUCUAAUAACCUUCGUUAAGUGACUAGUUUGUCUCACAAAACAUUCGCUUCUAUUGCGGAGCUGGUGCAUAACUAACAAAGCGUGCUUCAAUGCAAUCAUUUAUACUUAAGAUAUUUUAUAGCGCUAGAUUUACUUCGUCGAACUUGAAAUCUGUUUGUCCAGAGGCGGGUCCAGAGUUUUAAUAUUUGAUUGAAUUCUAACGACUCGUUGUAAUCUCGUUUUUCAGCUCUCACCAUUUCAAUUUCAAUUUUUCGGCCGAAAUGUUUUUGCUCACAUUAAAGCUUAAGAAAAUCACAACCAGUAGAAUAUUUUUUUAAAUCUUUGAACAAUAAAGAGUUUUUAGCUUUCAGUUCAUCUUACUGCUCGCGUGGAAUAAUCAACUUUCCUACAUGUACGUUUGUCCUCAUCUGUGCGUAUCCAUUGUUUGGUCUCUUGAGUCUGAUUGUUGCUUCGCGGUGCUAUCUCUUCUGGUUUUAUUUUCUGCAUUUGCAACUUUUGCCACAUACUCGUCGCAUGUUAAAACAUUCUUGCCCAGUUCUCAAGCCUUAGCGAAGAAUUUAUGCGGUGCUACCUGGACUCUCUCUGAACUUCCUCUGCAUGUUUCUUCAACACUCGUAGCUUGCUGUUGUAAAGUCAGUCUUCUGUAUGACAGCCGGGGUCUUGCUACGCUGAAUGCCUAAGAAAGGUAUCGUUAGUAGUCUUUGCAUAUUAUCUUUUGGUUUUCUUUGACAGCUCAUUGUUAACCAGUCUCGGCCUUUGCAAAUGUUCAACUGGCAUUGACCUGAAUCUUAAUCACUGAUUAGCUUAAUGGUUCUUGCAAGGAAUUGGAGAUGCCAUUGAUCUCGAGGCUCUCGAAUGUUCUCUAUGUCGUUCGAUAAGCUAUCUAUAAAUGAUCUAGCUGCAUUGUCUUUUUAAAAGUUUUCAUUAUAAAAUAAUUGCUAUUAUCUUCUUGAAGAUCUUUCAAUCAGUAGAUUACUUGCCUGCAUAAUCUUUUUCAGGGCUGCAGCAGUUUUGAAAGGACAUUCUACGUAAAGAAAAAUAAACUUUGAUGAUAUUAUGGGAACCGAAAAUUCUAUUAUGCCCAAAUAAUACAUUAAUCAAGCUCAUUCGUCUGUUUAAUUACUGGCCAGUCGAACACUGGAUAGUUGUAAUUUUUCCAGCCCAAAUCAAAUAUUUACUGAUUUUAGAAUCAUUAACCGAUGUUUGAUUGUGUACAUUCAACUGCGAUUCUAAACUGCCUCGUUAAGGUAAACUUACUUAACUCGUGUGUCAAUUAAAAGCAAGCCGUUGCAAUGUCCCCUGAGCUUUCAUACAAUGCAUAGUAGAAGUAGAGAAGCGCAUAUCAUGUAUUCCAACUCCAGAGCUUCGCAGUGCAAAGUAACGGACGCUGUAGCGAUGAUGAUGUUGUAAGUUAUCAGCAGCUGUGCAAUAUUAUAAUAACCUUGCAUUGCAGCAUGACGGCCGUCAGCAGGAAGUUAAAGAAAUUAUUAAUGAUUCAUUACAAUAACUUACAACGUGUAGACGAAGCCUUGAUAUGGGAUAAUCAAAAUGAUGAUCUGUGUUCGGUCACAAUAAUUAACAUCAUGUCUUCAUGUCAAGCUUAAGACGCCCUCGUCCAUAGUUACGCUGAUGCGCCGCCUUUGUCGUCAGGCUAACAUGAUGCGCAGGGAUCUAACGCGGCGAUGUUUUCUUGGUCGUCGCUUAAAUUUUGUCUAAAAAGUCUCGGCAAAAUGAGGCUUUAUCGCUCAGAAUGUAUCAGGAGAAAUUUUCAUAAGCCUGUCAGAUCCAAAAUGUGUUGGUACCCCGUUUAAAAAUGGCAUUUAAUUACGGCAGGUGAAUGGAAUCUUCGUAUAUACUCCCGAACUCCGCACUCGAGUCGGUUUGCCAUGAAAGAGCGACACGUUGCCUUAUCAAUGUAUAAUUUUGAUAACGAUUUCAAAGAAAUCUAUAAUACACUGCUGAUCUUCAUUAAUUGAUUUCUGACAGACGGAUAUUCCGCUGACUCAUGGUGAAAAACAUAGCGUUCAGCCAUCACCCUUCUCUGUCGUUCUCAAUUGUUGCUCACGAGUCCUCCGCCUAUUCGUGUUGUCUUGUAAUAAACACGUUCUAGACUUGUUCUUCUGUCGAUGUCUAUGUGCGUGUGUACGUGUUGGCUUGUCUGUGCGUGGUGACUUGUUUUCCACACCUUUUAGCACUCGAAUGCCACGCCAUGAAGUUUUUUUGAUCACUACACGAAAUUUACGAGUCUCGUUAUCUUUGUUUUUGUUCUGGAAAUAAAGAUCUUUAGGAAAUUGUUUUUUAAUAUUCUUUUUCUGGGUUAAAAAAAUCUGAGUGCACAUUAGAUUUUCUACUUCUCAUUAGACACGCAGCGGAGAGGUAACUGUGCAUUUUUCACAUUCAAAAUUCGUUGGACCGCUAAAAGUUGUUUAUCGCGUAAAUCAUUAUUUUCUCAGCUAUAAUUUCUAAUGGAUUAAGAGGACAUUUGAAUGAAAUCGAACGAUUUUAAACUUAUCCCGUUCGGCAUUCUUCUGCUAAACAAGUAAUGAUGAACCAUUUUCAAUUAGACAGAAAAAAUGUGUUGAAAGCUUUUGCUAUGAAAUAAGAUGCUGCCACAAUCUUGCUCUGUACUUGAUAACUAUGCAGUCACAAGUUUAACAAAUAUGAAAGUAUUGUGUAACAUAACUCGGUAUGUUUUAUAUAGAUAAAACAAACCUGACAAAAAAAGCAUCGUCGAAGAGUUUGGCGGCAGAGAAGAUAACAACGACCUUAUAAUCACUUGAAAUGUUGCCAUACAAAAUAAGGUCGUCAUUAAGGAUGUUUGUAUGGACUAAAAUAACAUAAUAUUUGCCAAUUGUUGCAAGGUUUUCGGGCAGGAUUCCCUGAUAGUGUGGGCUCCAGCUCCCAGUGCGUCUGCGAUACCAUGGAUCGCUGGUAUCGUGGGCACCAGCUCCCAGUGUGUCUACGAUACCAUGGAUCGCUGGUAUCGUGGGCUCCAGCUGCCAGUGUGUCUACGAUACCAUGGAUCGCUGGUAUCGUGGGCUCCAGUUGUCAGCGUGUCUGCGAUACCAUGGAUCGCUGGUAUCGUGGGCACCAGCUCCCAGUGUGUCUGCGAUACCAUGGAUCGCUGGUAUCGUGGGCACCAGCUCCCAGUGUGUCUACGAUACCAUGGAUCGCUGGUAUCGUAGGCUCCAGCUCCCAGUGUGUCUACGAUACCAUGGAUCGCUGGUAUCGUGGGCUCCAGUUGUCAGCGUGUCUGCGAUACCAUGGAUCGCUGGUAUCGUGGGCUCCAGCUCCCAGUGUGUCUACGAUACCAUGGAUCGCUGGUAUCGUGGGCUCCAGUUGUCAGCGUGUCUGCGAUACCAUAUGGAUCGCUGGUAUCGUGGGCAUUGCAUUGUACGUAACAGUAUUACAGCCGUUACUAUUGCAUGCAACAGCACUGCGUGCGUUACCAUCGUAUAUGCAACAGCAUUUAAUGCGGUAGGGUGCCCAUAUGGAUGCUAGUGCAUCCUUCUAAAGUCUAACAGUAAUGGUACGCUUUAGUAUUGUGAUUGUUUUCAUUAAUAAAUGAGAAGUAUUCUUACACACAAUAGUAUUGUAGCCACAACUUAUGCCCACAGUUGCACAUCACCCUUCCGUUGUGUUGCGAGCCUGUUGACCAAUACUGAGAAUCUGUUGACAGUAUUUGUAACAUCAAUACUACUCAUCAACAGUAUUUUGUGACCCGCCAGUAUUGGUAAUGCAUAGUGAGCCUCAAUUGUAUUGUGAUCUGUUCACGGUCAAUGGUGAGUUCCCAUCAUGUGUUGAGGUCUGUUCCUUCGUCACUGUUAACUCGGAACACUCGCGUGGAAAGUGGUUACUGGCGUAGAAAUUUUCUUUCAUAUUCAAAUUUGGUCGCUUUACCGCAGCUGUUGAUUCAGCGAAAGUUGUUUAUUUUAACUCUGUAUAUCAAUGUAAAACAUCUUGUCUGUAUAAUCAACUCGUUAACUGAUGCUGUGAAAAUAUUUGUUGGAAAUUUGAUAUUCGUGAGAGGCAAUUCCAUAAAGGUACAAAAUUUAUUCAUUCUUUGGCUUGGAGUCGCGUAUCAUGAAUGGGAAAUUCUGCAAUUUCAGGAACCAAAAAUUUAUUAACACACAAAUUUCUCAAUAGUUGUGUACAGAAGAUGUCCAGCGCUGAUUUCGUACGAGUUCCGACUGUCCACUUUCCAUGUCUGUGUUCUGGAGUUUUUAACGUCACGUCAUCUACGCCUCGAUCAACUUGACUGUCUUGUCAUUAAAUAAUGAUUAAUAAUGAUUGUAGCCAAGUGUCUCCACCAUCAUGUGUGUCAUCAUUCCUCGCUACCGUGUGCACGGCAUCAUGCAGUCAUCGUAUACUCCAAAAUACCACCAUUUUCACGAAUAUCAACUAGGUUUUCAUUAUAAUAUUUAUUUAAAUUAUUAAUACUUUAGUUAUUCCCUCCAUUGAUUAGUGUAAACAUUGUUAGAUUCGUGAUAGAUUGAUCACCUUGUGCAUGGUGUAAUAUAUGACUAUGUCUCCUAAUGUUCGUAAAGUCAUUUGUGUCAUAUGCUAUAGUGAAGCUCACGUCUGAUGGUUUUAUAAAUAAAAAUUAAAUCGUUUUGGUUUCAAUUCGAUUUAUUUCAAACUGUCUGCUCUUUCAGUUAAGUGUCUUGAUUAAUCUAGCAUUAUAAAUAUUGCAUAGUUGUAAAUUAGAGCGUGUUAGCAUGCUUUGCGACGACAUAGGGUGUUUGAUAGAGCAGUGCUACGAUACGAAUAAUUUGAUCACACAUUACAAUUAACAAGCGUUCCAAGCAAGCCAGUUACUCAAGAGCAAGGAACAAAUUCAAAGAUACUACUUUGAAUUCUUUAUCUGUUUAGCCUUGUGUUCAUUUCACUUCAUAAUUUUCGUAUAUGCCAAUGUUUUUGUUACGUAUUAGCUAGUUAUUAUGGCCAGGAUUUUAAUUACAGCACCAAAUUGCCGUUACAACAAUGUGAGUUUCGUUUAUUUGGCCUUAUGAGAGAAAAACAAUCAUUUUACUUAAAUUUCUACACAGUAAUCCGCUGAUUAUUAAUCACGAUUACUUCCUCUUAGCAAUUUUUGACUUGCUGUGUGAACUUGUAUUUGUCUUUGUCUUGUCAAAUCGCAGUGUUGGAGCGCUGGUGCUGCCUUGUCCGUGAGCUGUCAAGCCUUGGUCAGCAUUAACUAUUCGCGCCUUGUCAGAGCGACGCCCGCGCUAUACAUCGCCAUUGCCGAAUAGCGUCAAAAAAUUAAAUUUACAUAAGUCAAUCAUGCUAAUUAAAAGCAAUAAAAAGUUUAAAUUCCUCAAGAGUGAUUUAGUUUUGUUGGUUUAAAUAGCAUUAGUGCGACGUGAUAAAAGAAAAGAAUAUACUUGAAGCUAUAUUAUCAUAUAUGGCAUCGUUAAAUGUCUAUUAAUCCUAACGUUGUUUAUAUGCACGAAAAUUAAUAAGUAUGACGUAAGUCGGCUCUAGUGAUGUAGGCAUGAGCUCGUGAUCCCUUAUAGGGUUUUUGUUUUCCCUAUCUUGCCCUUGCUGUAAAGACACACUUUUUAUUUUAAUUUUUUUAUAGAUAAUACUUUUUCAUUUCACUCUGAUCCAAUCUUAUUAACAAAGCGAGAUGGUGUGUUGCAAUGUUAUGUGUUCAGACAGAAUUUAAAUUAAUGACCUCGUCAUUUUAGGGGUAAUUAUGUUCGAAACUUCAGCGUGUUAUGUUCGUUGCAUCAGCGUUAAUUCGAGUGUCAUCGUUGCUAGUAUCCUUCUAUGUCCUUCCAUUCCUGAGUCAGUGGUAAGGAUUAUCUACGGUCCAACGCUGUACCCGCUGAACUAACCAAAUUCAUUCUAGACCGUCACUUAAUUAAUUACUUAAUCAAUUACUUGAUCAUUUAAUUCUUAAUUGUACGCGCUGAACUAACCAAAUUAAUCCUAGACCAUUACCUAAUUAAUUACUUAAUCAAUUACAUCACUUAAUACUUAAUUAUACCCGCUGAACUAACCAGAUUCAUUCUGGACCAUCACUUAAAAGGUUAGGAAGACUUUUCACAACAUCAGUUUUGUUUCGCAAUACGAGGUUGCAAUAAUGUUUUAUUAGAUUUACGAUAAAUUAGCAUGGCAAAUGUUUUGUGAACUUGAAGCAAAAUCAUUGGAAUAACAAAAUAUUGUCGUAGCCAGAGAGCGGAUUGUUUAGUCCACUUCAUUUCCACGUAUUUUGGUACAGUCUCCAAUUUUCUUCGAAAUCACAUCGAUCGCGCCAACACAUGCCACACUUCGUGCUUUAUUUAUAAGGAAAUACAUUGUUUUCCCGCAUGUUGAUGGUUCAUUGGCGUGCUUUGCUCUGGUAUUGUGGCGUGAGCGUCUCACUCGUCUCGUGUACACCUCGACUUUAUUUUGCUGGUCAAUUUUCUCUUCUUGUUGAAUUUUGAGCAAAGUUGUGUUGAUUUUUCCUGACACGAAGCCCGCCUCUUUUGGGCGCAGUACAAGGCUGCUUGGUCUAUGUGCUUUAUAUAGCUUUAAGGCACUGAAUAAAUAAUGUUAUUGCUGUUAUCAAAUCUUUUAUAAAAAUC